CUACUGGGCCCGUAAUGGGCCUGUUAAGAGCAUCUUCCUGGACCGGAUUGGGCUCGAACUGAAGGCCCAUAAAGCCCUCGGCCUCGACGGAGGCAGAGACGAGACGACAGCGAGAGAACGAGACGCAGGUCGUCGUCGACAUGGCCGCCGGACAGCAGCAGCUCGCCGGCGCCGGCGACCGGGGCUCCUCCUCCUCCUCCCACCCGCCGCCACCGCCGCCGCCCAAGAUCCUCCUCGCGAAGCCGCCGCUGCCGCCGCCAUCGUCCUCCGGCGCCGACGACGAGGGCGGAGGCGGGGGCCGCGCGCGGCAGGGGCCGCAGCCGGGCUCGCUCAGCCUCGUCUCCGACGCGUGGGAGGUCCACACCGACAAGAUCCUCCCGUAUUUGACAGAGAACAAUGAUUUCAUGGUGAUUGGGAUAAUUGGUCCACCUGGUGUGGGCAAGUCAACCAUCAUGAACGAGCUUUAUGGAUAUGAUGGAACCUCACCUGGAAUGCAUCCUCCCUUUGCUACACAAACUGAGGAAAUCAAAGCAAUGUCAAAGCACUGUACUUCAGGUGUUGACUUCAGGAUAUCUCAUGAACGUGUUAUACUCCUCGACACUCAGCCAGUGUACAGCCCAUCCAUCCUAAUUGAUAUGAUGAGGCCAGAUGGUUCAUCCACUCUUCCUGUUCUUAGCGGCGAUCCAUUACCAGCAGACCUGGCCCAUGAGCUAAUGGGAAUCCAGCUUGGUGUUUUCUUGGCAUCUGUCUGCAAUAUUUUGUUGGUUGUAUCAGAAGGGAUCAAUGAUUUUUCCAUGUGGGACCUCAUGCUUACGGUUGAUUUACUGAAGAACAGCAUACCUGACCCAUCUUUGUUGACCUCAUCAUCUACGCAAGAAAAGGAAAACAAAAAUGAUAACCAAUCAGGCAGUGAAGAGUUCAUGGCUGAUGUCUGCUUUGUGCAUGCUAGAUUACGGGAACAUGACUUUUCUCGUUCAAAGCUCAUGUUUCUAAGGAAGAUUCUUGGAGAACACUUUGAGCCGUCCUCGUUGAGCAUUGGUAGCACUAGCACAACACCUGCAGAUACUGAUUCCUCAGUGCCUUCAAGCAUGACAGUUGACGAGUUGAGCUCCAGUCAACAGGACGUGUUUCUUCUUCCGUUAAGAGCACAUGAUAACUCAACGAAGUUUGAGUAUGGGACAUACUCAUCCAUGUUAGGGAUGCUUCGUGAUCAGGUCUUGUCAAGGCCACCAAGGCCAUUCUCAAAGAAUCUCUCAGAGCGCGAUUGGUUGAGAAGCUCGGCGAAGAUAUGGGACAUGGUGAAGAAAUCUCCUGUCAUCUCGGAAUACUGCAAGGCGCUCCAGAGCUCAGGACUGUUCAGAAAGUAGACAUGUAUCUGUUUGUAACUCUGUAUGCCGUCGAUUCAGACUGACCUGAAACACAAUGGUCGCUGUUAGAUCAGAAGAUGAAUUCGAUCCAUGUUGACUUUGAGUUUUGUCUAGUUUCGGAGUCUAAAAGCUGAAAAGACUAUGUGAGAAAGGAAGUCCAAUCUUAGGCGCUGUCCGUUUUGUUUUUCCA